AAAGAGCCCCAGACCAUAGGAACUUUAUAGGGCCUAUGAUUCGCGGCAGCAUAGAGAAUCUCAUCGGGAGAACUGUUGAAGCCAUUGUCUGCUCCAUCUUGCCAUAAUUUGGUCCGGUAUAGAUCGUGGGACGCAAUCCCAGUGAAUGUGAGGAUGACAAUAGUAAUGGGAAGCUCAAUAGCCAUCAGAAUAUAAAAGAGGUUUUGUUUGCGCCAUUUUCGUGGUAAGUAAACCAUGAUGCCGAUUGUAUAUUUGUUUUCGCGAAGAUACAAGUUCCCGUGGUUUGGCGGAUCAGUAGCGUAUACAACGUAGGUAGAGAAUUUGCGCCGUGAGCUUGUGUCCGUGAACAGUUACGCUGUGGCCAGACCGGCUGGCUGGGCAUUCAACUCAGUCGCAUCAAACGGCCAAAGACAUAAAGCACAAAGAGACAGGAGGAAGACAGCUGUCAGAGAAAGGCCAGGUCGCCAGGGCCAACCUCUAUGGCCCAUGGCGAGGGUCAAAAGAGGGGCACUAGCACCUCGAGUCGGCGACAAAAUUCCAAAGAAACUCUCGAGCAACGCAAGUUGACUGUUGCUCAAGAUGCAUCUGGCCAAUGCUUGCCGCCAGGGAAGCGCCAACACCAGCCGGGGCUCGGGUGCACAUCACCAAUAAGAUGGCCAAGGUGGAAGAUUGGCUGCCGGCCGUCACACACUAGGCCGUGUGAUGGAGUUAUUGAUCUGCAUGGUUGAGCAACAGACUGGCACCACUGGCUAGUUUGUAAAUUUGUCUAUAGUGCCGCAGGAAUUCAUAGUUUCCUUCGACUGUCCUGUUAGAGAGCAAAGCGCUGGAGUGGGGAGUCUAAACAUUAGCCAGUGUGCUUCUGUGAUUCCACAUGCAUAACAAAAUCAGGUGCGAGGGAAAAUACUAAGUACCCAAAGAAAGUGUGCUUAUUUCCUGCUUCAUUUGAGAAUAUCUUGUUGUAACAACAUCUUCUGGCACAGAAGUGAGUGAAAAGGAUGAAAAGUGGAUGUAAUCGUAGUAGUUGGUUAAAAGUGUCUGUAUGUAUUGUAUUAGUAACCGACG